AUGGUAACAACCAUGAUAUCAGUCGGGUGUACAAGCCGCCAAUGCAGCAAAAUAAGAAAAAAAAACGCUGACGGCAAGUUAAAGAACGAGGUCCGGGUUGGGCUUUGGGAGUAUGUGUGGGAAGGGAACGAGUAUCUCUAUUACCACGUAGAGUAUGAAUCCAGUGCAUAUGGUACGAAAGAGGCCGUCGUCUACCUCCUCAGUCGCAAAUGGCCACUAGGUGCGAACCCCGAGACCACCCCCGAGGCCAUCACCGCCGCCUCAGAAGCAGCAAAGCAACAGAUCGACAAAUUGCUCAUGGCCGUAGGAAAAUGGAGCGCCGACGUGCACAGCGAGAUCUACGUCUUCGACAACUCCACCUGGCGCAAAGACCGAAAACUCUACCUCAGCGUCAUGGGCACAAAGUGGUCGGAUGUGAUCCUCUCCCCCUCCCUCAAAGACGGCAUCAUCACCGACAUCACCACCUUCUUCGACUCGGAGGAAAUGUACACCUCCCUCAACAUCCCCUGGAAGCGCGGUACCAUCCUUCACGGCACCCCUGGAAACGGGAAGACGCUGAGCAUCAAGGCCCUUAUCAAUACCCUGCAGACCGGCGAGCGCAAGAUCCCUAGUCGUACGUUAAGAACCUCGAUAACUGCUCGUAUGGCCCGAAACACAGUAUUCGCGAGAUCUUCAGUCGCGCGCGCACAUUGGCGCCGUGUCUACUUAUCUUUGAAGACCUCGAUUCGCUCGUACGAAAAUCCGCGCGUACUUCCUCAAUGA